AUGUUCAUUUUUGAACGACUAUUCAUCAUCAAGUUCCCAAGCAGAAACGAUGUCGUAAACGCUAGUCAUCAGGCGUUCACAAUUAUAGCUGAGGCAAUUCGCAACGAUGAUUUGGAUGUAUUACGUAGGCGAGGAUUAUGUACUGUUUAUUCACGAUUACGAUAUCAAAAGAAUGAGUUGGAUAAACUCACUUCAAAACAAAAGAAAGUGUUCAAUAUUACAAAGGAAGAUCUGAUUGGUCAUCAAGGAAUUCUACGAGUGUUUUAUGAUCAUCCAUUUCACAAUAUCCGACUUACCGCGUUACCUAAUGAUGAAAAUGACGAGAAUUCAGCUCGAACCACUUAUCUCCUUUAUGGAGUUAUGCUAAUCGCGCUUUACAAGAAGAAUUUACUCUUCAAAACGGUCUCAAACCACCCACUUCCAUCCACUUACAAGUGGGGCACUGACGAACGUAUGGUUUUAAAAAUGCCCGCAGGUUAUGACUUCUUACAACGCAAACAUUUGGUGAUGUAUUUGGAAUUUGCUCAGCCACUUAAUCUUGAAACACGAACACUCGUUGACGACGUGACUCUGUAUGAUUUUCAUAUUGGCUGUUUCUGA